AUGGGCGACAAGAAACGCAAGCUUGCCGAAGAAGCCAUUGCGCCUGAGGGCAAGAAGCUGAAGCAGGAAAAGGCCAAGGGGGAGCGGAAGGAAAAGAAGGAGAAAAAGAGCAAAGCGAAGGAUGUUGUUGAGGACGUAGAAACUGAGGACGUCGCAGCGCAUGCCGACAGCAAGUCGGAGAAGGACAAGAAGGAAAAGAAGGAUAAGAAAGAGAAGAAGGAAAAGAAAGAGAAGAAGGAGAAGAAGGAGAAGAAAAACAAGGAUGAAGAAGAGGAGAAGCCAAGUCCCCAGACCGCAGGGGUUGAUUCAAUGGACGUCGAUAGCGAUGUAAAACCUACCGAGAAGCAAGAGGCUGAGGACGACGAGCUCGAAAAGAAGGACAAGAAGAGCAAGAAAGAUAAGAAAUCCAAGAAGGAGAAAAAGGAGAAAGAAUCCGCAGACGAGACGCAAGAGCAGCCAGAACAAUCUGCAGAGACAGCGCCUGCCGAAGAUCACUCACAACACAACCAGAAAAACGCACGUUUCAUCUGCUUCGUUGGAAAUCUCCCUUACUCCGCAACUGCCGACUCCCUCAGAAAGCACUUUGAGAAGAACCCUCCGUCCUCAGUACGCGUAGCUACUGAGAAAGACAAACCGACCAAAUGCCGCGGUUUCGGUUUCAUCGAAUUUGACAACUAUGACCGCAUGAAGACCUGCCUGAAACUCUACCAUCAUUCCAUGUUCGAUGAUGGGAAAUAUCCCCCUCGGAGAAUCAAUGUCGAAUUGACGGCCGGCGGCGGUGGUGGUAAAUCUGAGCAUCGUAAAGCUAAAAUCGAAGCCAAGAACAAGAAGCUCAAUGAGGAGAGACAACGUCAAUCCAAGGAUAUCCAAAAGGAGAAGACAAAGACGAAAAAGACUCAUUCUAAAGAGACCGAGGACCAGGGCGCCGAUCAAUGGGCUGGUAUUCACCCCAGCCGAAGAGCCCGUAUGGCGUAA